AUGGGUCGCGGAAGAAUAUCAAUGGAACUCAUUCAAAGGGAAAAAUCAAGAAAGAUAACAUUUCAAAAGAGAAAGAGUGGAUUACUAAAAAAAGUGAAUGAAUUUGCCAUUCUUUGUGAUGUUGAUGUUUGUGUAAUUCUCUAUGCUCCCAAUUUUGAAGGUCAAGGAUAUGCUGAACCUGAAACAUGGCCUAAAGAAAAAAGAGACGUACAAAAAAUUCUUCAAAAGUACUACAACACAACAAUGGAUCGGCGUCAUAAGAUCUAUGAUGUUCAAGAGUAUUUCAAAGAAAGGAUGAAAAAAGUCGAAUUUGACAUUUCCAAAGUGCGCAAAGAGAUGUUAAAGAUUAUGUAUCCAACUUGGGAUGAAUCUUUCGACACUCUUAGAGAGGAACAAAUGAGGUCAUUUGCUAGCAUAUUGGAUGCUAAGCUUGAGGCUUGUAAUCAAAAGAUGAAUAUGCUCAAAGGAGAUGUUAAAGGAAAAACAAUAGCUCAUGAAUCAUACAAGGUUGAUAAACCUAAUACUUCCUAUUUGACAUCAACUCCAAAUAGCUACAUCAAUCUCAUGCAAAACAACAUGUCUCAAGCACAAAUUUACCCUCCAAUGAUGAAUAUUGGUGACAAAAACCCCUUAGGGUUUUGGCCACUUCAAUUGGGACAAAGCUCUCAACCUUCUUCUUCGACACUUUCGAGUGCACAAGGUUCCUACCAAGUGGAGUCUGAUGAGGGUAGAUAUACACAAUCUUACCCCGGCAAGCAAGUCGAUAAUAAUUGGGCUAAAUGGGUCAGUCAUGUUGAUCCUAAUAUUUUCUUGGAUCCGAAAACCGAUACGCAAAAGAAGGAUGAAGCUGAAAAUGGUGAAAAUUUAUCACCAUACUCUAAUAUUUACAAUGGAAAUCCAAUGACAAUGCAAUCAUAUCCUAUUGGUAUGCAUACUCUUCCUUUCCAAAAUCUUCCAAACCUACCACCACAAGGAUAUCAACUUAAUGGAUUCUAUGAUAUGGAUAUGCUUCAAGCUCAUAUGUUCAACAACUACAUGGAUGGAAGGAAGUAG